AUGGGUAAUUGCGUAUUCAAAGGAAGUGGAGGUUUAAGAACAUCAUACGAUAAAGAUGACUUAUUAAUAAAAGUGGUGACACCAAACGGUGGAGUAAUGGAGCUCCAUCCUCCAAUUUUCGCCGACUAUAUCACCAACGAAUAUCCCGGCCACGUCAUCCACGACACCUUAAGCCUCCGCCACUCAUCUCCGCCGCUUCUCCACGGCGAAGAGCUCUUUCCCGGUAACAUUUACUACCUCCUCCCUAUCUCUUCCGCCGCGGCAACGGCCUCUACCACUCAACAACAUUCCUCCGACCAAUCAGCAACGCCGUUUAGAAUGUCUAUCGGGAAAACGCCAGUGAAGGCGGCUGCGAACGGCGGCGGCUCUGGAGUGUGGAAAGUGAGGCUUGUGAUAAGUCCGGAGCAGUUGGCGGAUAUUCUUGCGGAGGAUGUGGAAACAGAAGCGUUUGUGGAAAGCGUGAGGACGGUGGCCAAGUGCGGCGGUUACGGCGGAGCUAACUGGAGGGCGACUUCAGAUCAGCUAAGCGUUACAAGUAGUUUCAAAGGGCAACUAAGGUAACAAAAAUUCGAAUAAGUUAAAUUUUGU